ACGUAUUUCACCAUUACCAUUCAACAUUCAUCAGCCCGACGACAACAAACACCCAGUCUGGACUUUCGAACGGCUUAUGCAAAGCAGACAAGCGCAGAUAAUUCCUUUCUUGAACAAAUAGAGGAGAGCAAGUGCUCGUCGCCAGCAGACUCCACUCAUCUCGUCAUUUUUUUGUUGGUCAACAUCCGGGUUCCCGCGAUUCUACAGCGAAAGCAGUAAUGUCUUCCGCCCCGGAGAUGGAAACACCUGCGCCGGCUUUGAAUGAGGUUGAAGGCGACAUUCAUGCUGAUAAAGAGUCUGAAGAUGCUGCGCCGGCGGCAGCGGCGGUCGCGGACGAGCAGGAGGAGCAGGUGGUAGCGAGUUCAAAGGAAGAAGCUGCGGAAUCUUCCGAAUUGGCCGAGAUCACUCCCGCUCCUAUCCCAAUUGUUCCCGCUGCAAAGAAGAGUCUUCUCGAUAGCGACCAGGCCGAAAUGGUCCCACUUGCCGCUUCCUCCUCAUCCUCAUCAUCAACACCACCCAACCCCGUGCCAACCUCUCAAACACCCCCGCUCGCGGCCCCUCAACCAAUCGUCGGUACCGGAAUCAGCAGCAAUACGAACGGCAGCGCCGCGCUACUCAAAAGAGGCGGCGAGCUGGUGAACAACAUGGGCCCUGCCCUGCAGAGCAUCCUCGAGCAAUUCGAUCCUCUGUCGCUCGUCGCCAACGCAAAUCACCCCGACAACCGGCCGCCGGUGUCGCGCUCGAGCAGUGGCGGGUCUUCUGCGAGUAGGCUGUCGAGGUCGUCCAGUGCCGCGUCGCUCAUGUCGCGGUUUCAGAAAUCGGCUACGGGUGCAGCGGGAGAUGGUGCGGGAAAAUCACACACAGCACUUCCUCCACGCACCUCGUCUCGGAAAGGAUCAGCAAGUUCCUCGUCGACUAAUCUCAAAUCCUCAGAACAAACCUCAGAACCCGCUCCCGCAUCAUCAUCACAAACACAGUCAACAACCGAGGCUCAAGACGACAAGCAAGGCCAAUCUCUCCCCAAGCCCGAAGACCAGCCCGUCGAACUCCCGUUCGAUUUCCAACGCUUUCUCAAUCAGCUACGAGUAAAAGGCGCCGACCCGCUAUCGCGAUACCUCAAGAGUUUCCUGCACGAGUUUGGAAAACGCUCGUGGACGGUUCGGGAGCAGGUUAAGAUCGUGCAGGAUUUCCAAAACUUCAUCGCGCCAAGGAUACCGCUCUACCCGCCGUUCAACAACUUGCCGGAAACAGAGGUUGCCAACGCGCUCGAGGGAAUGGAGAAGCUGAUUAUGAACCGUCUAUACUCUCAAACAUUCUCGCCCGAGAUCCCGCGGGCGCGGAGAACGUUUAGUCACGAGGAGGAUUUGCUGCGCGACCGUGUUCUCGAGGAGAAGAUGGGGAUCUGGUCAUGGAUCGAGCCCGAGCACCUAGACGUCGAGAAAAGCAUCAUCGACAGCGGCGAGCGCUUUAUUCUUCUCGCGCAGGACGAGCUGCUCAAGAUCACCAAUUACCGCGCGCCGCGAGAUAAAGUCAUCUGCAUCCUCAACUGCUGCAAAGUGAUUUUCGGUCUUUUGCGGCAGACAAAGACGGAGGAGUCGGCGGACAAGUUCCUGCCGAUUCUGAUUUACGUGGUGAUCAAAGCGCAGCCGAAGCAUCUGACGUCGAACGUGCAGUACAUUAUGAGGUUCCGGAAUCCGGAUAAGUUGAAUGGCGAGGCUGGGUAUUAUCUGUCAUCACUGCAGGGCGCGAUCAGUUUUAUCGAGAGUCUGGAUCGGAGUGCGCUCAACAUUACAGACGAGGAGUUUGACGAACGAGUUACGCAAUCAGUAGCGCGGAUUCAAGAAAAAGAAAGCAAAGCAGGCGAAUCAGUACCCAACCCACCCCGCCUCCGCUCAUCAGUCUCGAGCGGCAGCUCAACAGCCCCCACCACCACCACCACCACCACCUCAAGCAGCGGCGACCUUCCCACCCCCGCAGCAGCAACCCAACUCCAAUCAACAUCAACCCCCCCUCUCAGCAGCCGUCCGGAGUCCCCUCCAUCGCGCCCAUUCUCGCCCGCUGACGUAGCAGGCGUUGCGUCGGACGUGGCGUCGCAGGUGCAUGAGGCGCUGAGCGCGACAUUCACGGCGCCGUUCAAGCAGUUUUCGAAACUGUUUGACACAGAUGAAGAGACCACCGCCGGUGGACAGCAGCAACCGACGAUGAUGCGACGUACGCGGACAGUGCUUGCCAACGCGCGCAGGAGCUCCGUCCCGCCUGCUCCACGCGCAACCUCCGUCUCCGGCUCCGUACCCGCGCGCACGGAAACCGCAUCGGCCACCACGACGACCCACAACAACACAGACCUGUCCUCCCACCGACGAAGCAUGAUGGCGAGCGUACCUCACAGCAAAUCAACGACGACCACACACCAACGCACGUUCUCGACCGCCUCGACGAUGCUGGAUCCGAGCGACGUAGCGGCGCGGCAGGAAUCGAUCGAGAACGCGGAGGCGCGCCGGAUCGAGCUGGAGUCGCAUGCGCAGACGCUCGAGACUUUGCAUCAGAUGUUUCCGAACCUGGAUAAGGACGUGAUCGAGGACGUGGUCUCGCAGAAACAUGGGCGGAUCGGAGCUGCUAUUGACGCGUGUUUGUCGCUUCAGGAUGAUUAGGUUUACAGGAUGUGUUUGCGUUGGGGAAGUUGUGCAGAGCGGUGAGAGUUUUUGUUGUGCAUUUAUGUGGGUUUUGGGAGAUUUGUGGGAGAUUGUAUGUUUAGGUCACACUUGAAGUCGUAUGGUUAGAGUGUCGAAAAUAAAAUUGUGAAUAAGCAAACAGUGGAUGUAUACAAUGCUUUCAGAUAGCGAUAAAUAAAUAGAUUUAGAAGCA